AUAGAAGCUCCUGCAUCGCGUCUUUACUUAGGGCAAGCUGCAGCGACUGACAUCACAAGCCAAUACUGGGAUAUGUCACUUACCCUCCUCUGACGCCAUGGUUCUGCAGCGCGCCGCACAUAUACCCGUCCGCCUGAAGCUUCGCGGUCCAUACCUUUGACCACCAGCACGACAAUAUCAUGCCCGGCCAGAUCAUUUACGAACCCAACCCGCCACCAGACCCAUCCCACAUCCCUGACGAUAUAGAGAAGCUCGCCGUGAAGCUCGAUGUCAAGGGCUUUCUCUCAGCAGAGGAGCGCAAGGGGAUCGAGAUGUUUAGACGUGCGGCGGACUACAUCGCAGCAGCCAUGAUCUUCCUCUCCGGGACCUGCCAGCAUGUACUUCUUGAGAAAGACCUCACCUUCGACGACGUGAAGCCGCGCUUGCUUGGGCACUGGGGCACCUGCCCAGGCCUGGUGAUGGUCUACGCACACCUCAGCCGCAUCAUUCGCAAGAGCGACUUGGACGUCGUAUACGUCGUUGGCCCCGGUCAUGGAGCACCGGGGAUUCUGGCCUCCCUUUGGCUGGAAGGCGCGCUGCAGAGGUUUUACCCCAAGUACACUAGAGACUACAAAGGGCUGCAGAAGUUGAUCACACAGUUCAGCGUGCCGGGCGGGUUCCCCAGCCACAUCAACGCGCAGACACCCGGCUCCAUCCACGAAGGUGGAGAACUGGGGUAUGCGCUAGGCGUGUCCUUCGGUGCGGUCAUGGACAACCCAGACCUCAUCGUCGCGUGUGUAGUUGGCGAUGGUGAAGCUGAAUCCGGACCUACUGCGACUGCCUGGCACGGUUUCAAGUACAUCGACCCCGCAGAGUCGGGCGCCGUCUUACCUAUCGUGCAUGUCAACGGCUUCAAGAUCUCCGAACGGACCAUCUACGGUACGAUGGAUAACAAGGAGCUCAUUGCGCUCUUCACCGGAUACGGCUACCAGGUCCGCAUCAUCGACGACCUCGAGAACCUCGACGACGACAUCGCCGCCUCCAUGGAAUGGGCCAUCGCCGAGAUCCACAAGAUCCAGCAUGCCGCUCGCUCCGGCAACCCCAUCAUCAAGCCGCAAUGGCCUGUUCUCAUCCUCCGCACGCCCAAGGGCAUCUCUGGCCCCAAAAACCUCGGCGACGAGAUCAUUGAGGGCUCAUUCCACUCGCACCAGGUGCCCCUCCCUAAGGCCAAGACCGACAAGGUACAACUCGAAGCCCUGAACGACUGGCUGAAGCACUACAAGCCACAGGAGCUGUUCGAUCCGGAGACGGGUGCGCCGGUAAAGGAGGUGCUGAGCGUGAUACCGGAGAAGGAGGAGAAGAGGAUGGGGAUGAGGAGGGAGACGUAUGAUGCGUAUAGGCCGUUGAAGACGCCGGAGUGGUUGGGGAUGGGCGUGGAGAAGGGGAAGGAGGAGAGCUGUAUGAAGGUGGUGGGAGAGUAUCUGAGGGAGGUUAUGGAGGAGAACCCCAAGAGCUUCCGCAUGUUCUCGCCAGAUGAGUUGGUAUCCAACAAGCUGAAUGCGGUGCUGCAGAAUACGGGCCGCAACUUUCAGUGGGAUGUGGCGAGCCGAGCGCGCGGGGGAAGGGUUAUCGAGAUCCUGUCGGAACAUACGUGCCAGGCGAUGUUGCAGGGCUACACCUUGACUGGCCGGACGGGUGUCUUCCCUUCGUACGAGGCUUUCUUGGGCAUCGUACACACGAUGAUGGUACAGUACUCGAAGUUUACAAAGCUGGCUGUGGAGACUGAGUACCGACAGCCUUGUGGGUCUCUAAACUACAUUGAAACCUCCACCUGGGCUCGCCAGGAGCACAACGGGUUCUCCCAUCAGAACCCGUCCUUCAUUGGUGCGGUGCUGAAUCUGAAGCCGAAGCUCGCGAGGGUGUAUUUACCGCCGGAUGCGAAUUGCUUCUUGUCGACGAUGGCACAUUGCUUGAGGGCGAAGAAUUACAUCAACUUGAUGGUGGGAAGCAAGCAGCCGACGCCCGUAUGGUUGAGUCCGGAGGAGGCGGAUUUGCAUUGCAUUGCUGGCGCGUCCGUCUGGAAGUUUGCAAGUGUUGACGAAGGCAAGGACCCGGACGUCGUCCUCUGCGGCAUCGGCGUCGAAGUCACCUUCGAGGUCAUCGCUGCCGCCGCCCUCCUGCGCCAGCUCAGCCCCGCCCUGCGCCUCCGCGUCGUGAACGUCACCGACCUGAUGAUAUUGAGCGAGGAGGGCACGCACCCGCACGCGCUCAACAACCAUAGCUUCGAUACGCUGUUCACGAAGGACCGGCCGAUUCACUUCAACUAUCAUGGGUAUCCGAUUGAGCUGAAGGGGUUGCUGUUUGGGAGGCCGGGGAUCAGCGAGAGGGUGACGAUGGAGGGGUACAGGGAGGAGGGGACGACGACGUCGCCUUUCGAUAUGAUGCUGGCAAACCACACCUCGCGGUUCCACGUCGCGACGGCGGCCGUCCGUGCGGCGGCUUUACGAAACGAGGCGGUUGCGGUGCACGCGCAUAAGCUGGAGGCUCAGCUCAAGCAUAUGGCGGAGAAGGAGAGACAGUAUAUCUAUGCGACGGGCAAGGAUUCGGACGGGAUAUAUGCAGUGCCAAAGUUUGAGUGAGGUGUAUGAUGAACGGCGAUGGGCCUUUACGGCGAACUCGGUAACUCUUGAUGUGUACUAUAGCUUGUAUAUGCCCACAUAAUGUGAAGCCAAUGAUCUCCGUAGGUCC